ACCUGCUUGAAGGAUGUUGACUCUUGAGUGGGAGUCGGAAGGACUGCAAACAGUGGGUAUUGUUGUGAUUAUAUGUGCAUCUCUGAAGCUGCUUCAUUUGCUGGGACUGAUUGAUUUUUCAGAAGAUAGCGUGGAAGAUGAACUGGAAAUGGCCACCGUCAGGCAUCGGCCCGAGGCUCUCGAGCUUCUGGAAGCCCAGAGCAAAUUUACCAAGAAGGAGCUCCAGAUUCUUUACAGAGGAUUUAAGAAUGAAUGUCCCAGCGGGGUUGUUAAUGAAGAUACCUUCAAAGAGAUUUACUCGCAGUUCUUUCCACAGGGAGACUCUACAACAUAUGCGCAUUUUCUGUUCAAUGCAUUUGAUACGGACCACAAUGGAGCAGUAAGUUUUGAGGAUUUCAUCAAGGGUCUUUCUAUUUUGCUUCGGGGGACAGUACAAGAAAAACUCAACUGGGCGUUUAAUUUGUACGACAUAAAUAAAGAUGGCUACAUCACUAAAGAAGAAAUGCUUGAUAUAAUGAAAGCAAUAUAUGAUAUGAUGGGUAAAUGUACAUAUCCUGUCCUCAAAGAAGAUGCUCCCAGACAACAUGUUGAAACAUUUUUCCAGAAAAUGGACAAAAACAAAGAUGGAGUCGUUACCAUAGAUGAAUUCAUCGAAAGUUGUCAAAAAGACGAAAACAUCAUGCGCUCCAUGCAGCUCUUCGAAAAUGUGAUUUAACUUGUUAAAUACAUCCUCAAACAGACAAACGUGAAAGAUUCUAUCACACAAAGCUGGAGCUACCACUUUUAGCAUAGAUUGCUCAGCUUUACAAUGAGGCAUAUUAUGCAAACAAGCUUUGUUUUAAUAUAAAGCAACCCCCAAAAGAUUUGAGUUUUCCAUUUAUAAAUCUGCAUCCUUUUCAUAAUGCCACUGAGUCCAUGGGAUGUUCUAAGUCAUUUCAUACCCUGUGAAUAUUCAAAAGGAAUAGAAUCUGGCAUAUAGUUUUAUUCAUUCUUUAGCCAUGUGAUUAUUGAAGCUUUCACAUUAUUGGUGAUUUUAAAAUAUCAGUGUUUUUUGCUACUCACGUGUAUGUAUUCAGCCCCAGGAUUUUAAAUGGUUUUCUAAAUACUAGCAUCUGUACUUAAUUUCCAGCUAUUAGUUUCCAUGUUUGAAUACUGUAAUUCCAGUUAUACUUUAAGUAAACAAGAUUACUAUAAUUGGAAAAAUAAAAACAAACACACACACAUAGUCCCAGUUUCUCUGGAUUUGCUGCCUUCUGUUAAGACAUUCAUCUGGCAUUUUUUAUAACGUGAAACAAAUUAGUUUAUCACCAGAUGUCAGCAUAUGCCUAAUACAGCUUAUUUAAUAAGCACUUCUCAAUUUUUCAUAAUACACAUUAUAGCCAAGGCCUACAUGAUAUAUGUAAUUUUGGAUUUGUUCAAUCCUAUAAGUUGACUGUUUUCUGUCACUAAGCGGAAGUCCAAGAAGGUGUGAAACAAAGCAAGGAUGUCCACAGGCUUAUGAAAAGGGUCAGGACAUCUGUCCUCUAGUCCAUGGCAAGGCUUAGCAAGUUCAUUCUUAACCACGUUCAAGGCCUAUUCCAUUCUGACUCCCUCCUGGCAACUUUACAUUAUGUGCCAUUCAGGGACAAAGAAAUCUUGGCUACCCCAAUGCCUACUAGGUACAAACAGCAAGAAUUCACUUUGAAAGCACCACUGAUUCCAUUAUAUUAAGCACUAGAAUACCCAAAUUUAGUAGAAAAUGAAUAUAAAUGCUAAGCGACUCCUCUGGAUUGUAUUAUGAUUUAGCUCAUCAUAAAACUCCAAUCAUUCAGAUUAUUUUUAAUGACCUUAAGCCAAAAUUGUAAAGCUGCCACAGUAUUACUAAAGAUACACACACCUUCCUUGUUUUGCAGAAAUAUCACCAAGAUCAAGAGGCUAGAGUAGGUGGAAAUUUGCAACUGUCUCUGCAACACUAAAUCAGGUAUCUAUUCUGGUGUAGACAUAGGAUGUGGAAAGCUGCCCUACUAUCACCAGUGUAGAGAUGGAGAGUAGUACAAUACAUGUACACUGAACUUGGCCAUCGCGUGCUUGUGUAAACUCA